AUGACAGAUAAGAUCAUCGCCCAGGCCCAGGAAUGGCUACCCAAUAUACCCCUCACUGUGGUUUCCCAAGGUGCCGAGGCCAUUGUGUUUGCUACCGAUACUCAUCCUUACUCCGGUGAUAAGCCGUUGAUCAUCAAGUACCGCCCCAAAAAGUCAUAUCGUCACGCGAAGAUUGAUGCACAGAUCACACGUUUACGAAGCACUGGCGAGGCCCGUUUCAUGUAUAAGUUGAAUAAGCUUGGAGUACCAGCUCCUAUGCUCGUGGCAUGCGAUUUUGAUCACGGAAUCAUUUGGAUGGAGAAGGUAGGAGGCAGGUUACCUCUGGGCGAGGCCAGCUCGUUGAAGAAUUGGUUGUGGCAUUUAGAACGUCUGGGAAGCAAUUGUGUCGAUGAAGAUGUGGCGCAAGUGCUUAAUGAGGUUGGUGAACUUGUGGGGAAGCUUCACUUGAACGACAUGGUGCAUGGAGAUCUUACCACUUCAAACGUGAUGUUAGACAAUGGCCAUCCGUGUCUCAUUGAUUUCGGUCUUGGAGAUCAUCUGAGUUUAGCCGAAGACCGUGCUGUGGAUCUUUACGUGUUGGAACGGGCGGUCAAUAGCACGCACUCAGUUUAUGCUGAGCAAUAUAAUCAGUGGUUUCACCAAGGGUACGAAAGAAUUCACACCGAGGAGAAGUAUCGGAAAGGAUCAGCAAAGCGGUUCAAGGAGACGAUGCGCAAAUUAGAAGAUGUUCGACUUCGUGGACGUAAGCGAAGCAUGAUUGGUUGA